AUGAUAAUUGGAGUGGUAAAAUUUUUAAAACCCUUCCCGUGAUGGUAACCUACACCAAAAUCCACAAAAAUCCCAAAGUUGUUUUUGUCCCAGAAAAUAAAAUCUACAGACAAGAACCACAUUGACGGUGAGUUGGGGAAAAAGGUCAACAACCACCACUUCUUCACAUCUGAGUUUUGAAUUCUCGUCAAGAAAGUAGAAAUGGAGAAUGGAAGGAGAGGUGAAGUGGUGGUUUCAGCUCUGCAGUUUGCUUGCACCGAUGAUGUCUCCACUAAUGUUGCCACUGCUGAAAGGUUGGUUAGAGCUGCUCAUGCAAAGGGUGCAAACAUCAUCCUUAUUCAGGAACUCUUUGAGGGUUAUUAUUUCUGUCAAGCACAAAGGGAAGAUUUCUUUCAGCGAGCUAAGCCUUAUAAGGGACACCCUACAAUUCUCAGAAUGCAGAAGCUUGCAAAAGAGUUGGGCGUAGUGAUACCAGUUAGCUUCUUUGAAGAGGCAAACACUGCCCAUUACAAUUCAAUUGCUAUUAUCGAUGCUGAUGGAACCGAUCUUGGACUUUAUAGGAAGUCCCAUAUCCCAGAUGGACCAGGGUAUCAGGAAAAGUUCUACUUUAAUCCUGGGGACACUGGGUUUAAGGUUUUCCAAACUAAAUUCGCAAAAAUUGGAGUGGCAAUAUGCUGGGAUCAGUGGUUUCCGGAGGCAGCCCGAGCCAUGGUUCUGCAAGGUGCUGAGAUAUUGUUUUACCCUACCGCUAUCGGUUCUGAACCUCAAGAUGAUGGGCUUGAUUCUUGUGAUCACUGGAAACGAGUGAUGCAAGGGCAUGCUGGGGCUAAUGUGGUACCUCUAGUGGCUUCAAAUCGCAUUGGGACAGAAAUAAUUGAGACUGAGCAUGGUAACAGUAAAAUUACAUUCUAUGGGAAUUCCUUUAUAGCAGGACCAACUGGAGAAAUUGUUGCCACUGCUGAUGAUAAAGAGGAAGCAGUUCUUGUAGCACAAUUUGAUCUUGAUAAAAUUAAAUCCAAGAGAUGUAGUUGGGGAGUAUUUCGUGAUCGACGUCCACAAUUAUACAAAGUUCUUCUGACAUUAGAUGGCAGUAAUCCCUCAGUGUGAUUUUUGUGACCCUUU